GUCACCUGCCGAGCUGCGGGAGCAAGAGAUCUAGGGGAAGGUUGAAGUGUUCGCUGCCCGCGCGUUCUCUUCGCUGCGGCUGCUGUGUGAGAAAACGGCUGUGGGUGUUCUCGGGCCCUUGCAUCACCGAUGCAAAAGGCCAGUGCUGGUCCUUCAGAACGAGGCCCUUUAUCCGCAGCGGCGCUCGUAUACCAGCGAGGAUGAGGCCUGGAAGUCUUUCCUGGAAAACCCUCUCACUGCGGCCACCAAGGCCAUGAUGAGCAUCAACGGGGAUGAAGACAGCGCAGCCGCGCUGGGCCUGCUCUAUGACUACUACAAGGUUCCCAGAGAGCGCAGGUCAUCCACAGCAAAGCCAGAGGGGGAGCACCCGGAACCAGAGCACAGCAAAAGAAACAACAUACCAAAUGUGACGGAGCAGCCCCUCAUUUCUGCUGGAGAAAACAGGGUGCAAGUGCUGAAGAACGUGCCCUUCAACAUUGUCCUCCCCCACGGCAACCAGCUGGGCACUGAUAAGAGAGGCCACCUGACAGCUCCCGAUACUACAGUCACUGUCUCCAUAGCAACCAUGCCUACCCACUCCAUCAAGACAGAAAUCCAGCCUCACGGCUUUACUGUGGGAAUCCCCCCGACGGUGUAUCAUCCUGAGCCCACCGAGCGUGUAGUGGUUUUCGACCGGAGCCUCAACACUGACCAGUUCAGCUCUGGCGCUCAACCACCCAAUGCUCAGCGGAGGACUCCAGACUCCACCUUCUCGGAGACCUUCAAGGAGGGCGUUCAGGAGGUUUUCUUCCCUUCGGACCUCAGUCUCCGGAUGCCGGGCAUGAACUCGGAGGACUAUGUGUUUGACAAUGUUUCUGGGAACAACUUUGAGUACACCCUAGAAGCCUCCAAGUCACUGCGGCAGAAGCAAGGGGACAGCACCAUGACAUACCUGAACAAAGGCCAGUUCUACCCUGUCACCUUGAAGGAAGUGAGCAGCAAUGAAGGGAUCCACCACCCGAUCAGCAAAGUUCGAAGCGUGAUCAUGGUGGUUUUUGCUGAAGACAAAAGCAGGGAAGACCAGUUAAGACACUGGAAGUAUUGGCACUCCCGGCAGCACACGGCCAAGCAGAGGUGCAUUGACAUCGCCGACUAUAAGGAAAGCUUCAACACCAUCAGCAACAUCGAAGAGAUUGCUUACAACGCCAUCUCCUUCACCUGGGACCUCAGUGAUGAAGCGAAGGUGUUCAUCUCCGUGAACUGCUUAAGCACCGAUUUCUCUUCUCAGAAGGGCGUGAAGGGCUUGCCCCUCAACAUCCAGAUUGACACCUACAGCUAUAACAACCGCAGCAACAAGCCAGUACACCGGGCCUACUGCCAGAUAAAGGUCUUCUGUGACAAGGGAGCUGAACGGAAAAUCAGGGACGAAGAACGAAAGCAAAGCAAGAGAAAAGUUUCUGACGUUAAAGUACAGCUGCUUCCCUCACACAAACGGACAGACAUCACGGUGUUCAAGCCCUUCCUGGAUCUGGAUACCCAGCCUGUCCUCUUCAUCCCGGACGUGCACUUUACUAACCUGCAGCGGGGCAGCCAUGUUCUCUCCAUGCCCUCGGAAGAGCUGGAAGGUGAAGGGUCUGUCUUGAAAAGGGGGCCGUUCGGAACCGAAGAUGACUUUCUAGUUCCUCCACCAGCUAAGCUGACCCGGACAGAAGAACCGAAGAGAGUGCUGCUCUAUGUCCGAAAGGAGUCCGAAGAAGUCUUCGAUGCCCUGAUGCUCAAGACCCCGUCUCUGAAGGGCUUGAUGGAGGCGAUCUCAGACAAGUAUGAUGUCCCCCAUGACAAGAUUGGGAAAAUAUUUAAGAAGUGCAAGAAAGGGAUCCUGGUGAACAUGGAUGACAACAUCGUGAAACACUAUUCCAAUGAAGACACCUUCCAGCUGCAGAUUGAAGAAGCUGGUGGGUCGUACAAGCUCACCCUAACAGAGAUUUAAGGUGUGGGGCACUCAGCCCCCACGUGUGGGAGUUCAGUGAGAGUGUUCCAGAACUUACAGUCCGGCCAGCUGAGGAGCCCGGGCACCCACCAACAUCUUGACUAUCAGGGAAGGAACUUCUCACGUAGGAGAUGACGCUGUGUAUAUUGUGCUGUGUUGGUGUUUCCCAUGUGAUGGAAAUCCAUGCGUUGUUGUGUUUGAAUUUCUUAUAUGCUUAGAAAGCAAAACAUGAGAACUUUGUACUGGAUCUAACAGACCUUGGGAACCUUUGGGGUCUGCUACAUUACUUACCAAAUCUCGGGAGAUCUGCCUAUGUCCGUGAUAGCAGUGGGCUACUGGCUGCCGAGGGUCAGGAAGGCAAUAGCUUGUCUUUGAGGAUUUUGUGUUCUUGCCUGACCUCAGUCUAAUUCCAGCUGCCUUGGGGAAUGGGCCCAGCCCUGAGCAAUAAAGGAUUGAGCCCUCUCCCUCCACUUCUCCCCUUCUGAUGUUUACUAAUUAGGGUGCCUUCCUGGAACCUUCCUUGCGACUUCCUUGGACAUACCAACUACCUUUCUUAUGAAGAACUUAAGUGGGUGGCAGCGUGAAGUUUAGUUCAGCUAAAGCUGCGUUGUAUAUAAGUGCAAUAUCUUUUUGAAGGUCUGCCUGUAAAUGUGUACAUACAUGUCUGAUAUAAAUAUAUAAUAUAUAAAUACAGUGUCUGUGUACAGAUAGUGGAGGCGAGCGGGAAGAUCUACUUUGCAAACCCUCCCCAGAGAAGAGGGUAAGCUAUUUUUGAUAACGUGGACCAAGCAGGUGGAACCAAGCAAGUGUUCCCUAGCAUAGCAAAAAGCCAUCUCAAGUAGCGGAGCCACCUGCUCUUGAGACUGCUGUCACCAUGUGGGUUUCUACGCCCUGAGUGGAGCUAAUGGAAGACUCAGCUGCAACUACUGUACGGGGUGCGUAUGCAGUGUCAGCAAAGCUGUGCCCAUGCGGAUCACAGCUGUCAACGUGAGCCAGCGAUGCACCCCAAAACGGGCCUACUUCUGCGAGCACUGUGUUUCAGAACUUCCAAACCGAGGCUACCGUGCGCUAACUAGAAAGCUCUCAUGGAUUUACAUUACUGUGGCAGGGGAAUGUUUUGUACACACUUAAAUAUUUAAGAAAAAACUUUGCAAUGUAAUUUUAUAACAAAUCCUGUAACAGAAAUACAAUUGCGGGUCUCUUUAGGUUCAGGGAACUAGAAUAGGUCAUUUGUAUGAGUAGAAAUGUUAGCUGUAUACCUAGGUAAAAAUAUUCUAAUGAAGUAUGUGAACAAAAUAGCUGGUUUUCUAAGCUACGGGAUACGGGUCAUAUAACACUAUUUUAUAUUUUUGUUUUAUGAAAUCAAUUUUACUUGUUUUAAUUGUAUCAUUGAAUGCGUUUUAAACUAAAGGGAUUGAAUUUUA